ACUACUGCUGAUCCUACAACAACUACUGCUCCUACAACAACUACUGCUCCUACAACAACUCCUGCUCCUACAACAACUACUACUGCUCCUACAACUACUACUGCUCCUACAACAACUCCUGCUCCUACAACAACUACUACUGCUCCUACAACAACUACUGCUGAUACUAUGUCAACUACUGCUCCUACAACAACUACUGCUCCUACAACAACUACUGCUGAUACUACGACAACUACUGCUCCUACAACAACUACUGCUCCUACAACAACUACUGCUCCUACAACAACUACUGCUCCUACAACAACUACUGCUGAUACUACGUCAACUACUGCUCCUACAACAACUACUGCUCCUACAACAACUACUGCUGAUACUACGUCAACUACUGCUCCUACAACAACUACUGCUCCUACAACAACUGCUCCUACAACAACUACUACUGCUCCUACAACAACUACAACUACUGCUCCUACAACAACUACUGCUCCUACAACAACUACUGCUGAUACUACGUCAACUACUGCUCCUACAACA